CGGGAUAGUUUUCUGGGAUGCGGGGACGGCGGCGGUAAUGGCUGACUGGGUGGAAGCACUGGAUUAAAUGGUUCUGAUACUGGCAGGUCUGACAUUGUGAUCUCAGACUUGUACAAUACUUGAAGGACAUAGACACAAGCCAGUGGGACAAGGUCAGUUUGUCUGGGGACCGUCACGAUGUCUAAGACCAGAGAGUCGGUGAAGGUGGUGGUCCGCUGUCGACCCAUGAAUGAGAAGGAGCGGGCAGCCAACUUUGAGAAGGUGGUGCAGGUGGAUGUGAAGCUGGGCCAAGUGGCCGUGCGAAACCCCCGGGGGGCUGCAGCCCACGAACACCCCAAGGUCUUUACAUUUGACUCUGUGUACGACUGGAACUCCAAACAGGUAGAUCUCUAUGAUGAAACCUUCAGGCCCCUGGUAGACUCCGUUUUGCUUGGUUUCAAUGGGACCAUAUUUGCAUACGGCCAGACGGGUACAGGAAAGACCUACACUAUGGAGGGGGUGCGCAAUGACCCAGAGAGAAGGGGUGUAAUCCCCAAUUCCUUUGAGCACGUCUUCACACACAUCUCCCGCUCCCAGAACCAGCAGUACCUGGUGAGGGCCUCGUACCUGGAGAUCUACCAGGAGGAGAUCAGGGACCUGCUGUCCAAGGACCAGUCCCGCCGGCUGGAGCUGAAAGAGAGGCCAGACACAGGUGUAUACGUCAAGGACCUGUCCUCCUUCGUCACUAAGAGCGUACGAGAAAUAGAGCACGUCAUGAACGUGGGGAACCAGAACCGCUCGGUGGGCUCCACCAACAUGAACGAGCACAGUUCCCGAUCACAUGCCAUCUUUCUUAUUACCGUCGAGUGCAGCGAGCUGGGUGUCGACGGAGAGAACCACAUUAGAGUUGGCAAACUGAACCUGGUGGACCUGGCUGGCAGUGAGAGGCAGACCAAGACAGGAGCCCAAGGAGAGCGCCUGAAGGAGGCUACCAAGAUCAACCUGUCCCUGUCAGCCUUGGGGAAUGUCAUCUCUGCCCUAGUGGACGGCAGGAGUACCCACAUCCCCUACCGCGACUCCAAGCUCACCCGCCUGCUACAGGACUCCCUGGGGGGCAAUGCCCGCACAGUCAUGGUGGCUAACAUCGGACCAGCCUCUUACAACGUGGAGGAAACACUGACCACGUUACGCUACUCAAACCGCGCCAAGAACAUCAAGAACAAGCCCCGCGUCAACGAGGACCCUAAAGAUGCUCUGCUCAGGGAGUUCCAGGAAGAGAUUGCUCGGCUCAAAGAGCAGUUAGAGAAACGCUCAGGGAAGAAGAAGAAGAAGAGGAGGAGGAGGGGGGUUGGAGAAGCUGGGGAUGAACUAGAAGAGGACACAGAGGAUGGAGAGACGGAGGAGGAUGAUGAUGGUGUAGAACCAUCUGAUAAAGUGGGUGCAGAUUAUUGGCGUGUACAGCAGGAGAAGUUGGAGAGGGAGAGGAAGGCCAUCAUGGAGGAUCACAGUCUGGUGGCAGAGGAGAAACAGAGGCUGCUAAAAGAGAAGGAGAGGAAGAUGGAUGCCCUGAAAAAGGAGCAGGAGGCAGGCGAGAUGCUGACUGCCAAAGUUAAGGCGAUGGAGAGUAAGCUUCUGAUGGGUGGGAAGAACAUAGUAGACCACACCAAUGAGCAACAAAGGAUCCUGGAACAGAAGAGACAGGAAAUCGCUGAGCAGAAACGCAGAGAGAGGGAGAUGAAACAGCAGGUGGAGAAUCGUGACGAGGAGACCCUGGAGUUGAAGGAGACUUACAGCUCUCUACAACAGGAAGUAGACAUCAAGACCAAGAAGCUGAAAAAGCUGUUUGCGAAGCUGCAGGCAGUGAAAACUGAUAUCCAUGAAGUCCAGGAGCUGCACAGCAAGGAGAGACAGGAGCUGGAGCAGACCCAGAAUGAGUUGACCAGGGAUCUCAAACUCAAGCAUCUCAUCAUUGAGAACUUCAUCCCCGUGGAGGAGAAGAAUAAGAUUGUGAACAGGGCGUUCUUGGACGAGGAGGACGACCACUGGAAGAUGCGUCCCAUCACACGCAUAGAGGAUGACCAGCAGAUGAUGACCAGGCCAGUGUCAGCGGUGGGCUACAGACGACCCCUGAGUCAGCACGCCCGUACCUCCAUGGUGAUGAAGGCUGACGUCAGGUACAAGGCUGAGAAUAUCCUGAUGCUGGAGAUGGACCUGCCCGCUCGGACCACUAAGGAGUAUGAGGAGCCAGUCAUAGCGCCCAUGGUAGCAGCAGCGCUGGAGGAUGCACUGCGUGAAGAAGAUGAGAUUCAGGUGGAUGCCUCCGGGUUCCACAGCAGCCUCGGACCCACCCAGACCACCAGCACUGGGGCCGGCAAGAAACCAAAGUCUGGCCGACCUAAAACGGGUAAGAAGACUGUCACCCCCACCUCUCCAUACAGCCCCUCCAGCCCAGGACAUCCUUUAUACCCACAAUCCCGUGGGCUGGUGCCCAAGUGA